AUGCUGUCAGAUCUGGCUAAGGUGGUGCACCACACCCAGAGGCCACUGCCCCAGGCGCAGGUCAAGAGCUAUUUACAGAUGCUGCCCAAGGGCGUCGCCUUCUGCCAUGCCAACAACAUUGUGCAUUGGGACCUGAAACCAGCCAACCUGCUUAUCAGUGCCUCAGGCCAGCUCAAGGUAGCGGACUUUGGCCUGGCCCGGGUCUUUUCCCCAGAUGGCAAUUGCCUCCACACGCACCAGGUGGCUACCAGGUGGUACCGAGCCCCCGAACUCCUGUAUGGAGAGACUGACAUCGAACAGCUUUGCUGUGUGCUUCGAAUCUUGGGCACCCCCAGUCGUCAAGUCUGGCCGCAGAUCACUGAGCUGCCUGACUGCAACAAGAUCUCCUUCAAGGAGCAGGCGCCCGCGCCCCUGGAGGAGGUGCUGCCCGACGCCUCUCCCCAGGCCUUGUACCUGCUAGGGCGGUUGCUCCUCUACCCACCACAGCAGCACGUCUCUGCCUCCCAGGCCCUGCUGCACCACUGCUUCUUCACAGCUCCCCUCCUGUCCACCCCUCGGAGCUGCUGA